UCGCUUCGCCGCUCGCUCAGACGCGCACUCCAAGAGGACCGCCCCGUGCAUGAUGCCUGUGGCAGUUACGGCCACAAAGUCUGCGUGUGCAUCUCCAGAAUCGUCACCGAGCUCAAGUUGAUGUCAAGUCGCCGCAAUCAUCGCUGCUGAGAGUGGUGCUCGGUUGCAGACUUUCGGCCAUCAUUGUUGUCCUGCGGAGGAAACUGGUCGAGAGUGCGAGUUUUUUCUCGUAACGCGUUGGACACGGAUGAAGGAUUCGGUUGCCAUGGAGCUGAGAUACGCAGGAUUCGUCUCAUUGCUCGUCAUACUAUCGUUCGUUGUCAGUGGUACUACAGCUCGACUCAUCCCUGGCUCCACCGGGGACACUGCUGCAGUGACCACCGCAGAUCUGACCACCACGAAAAGCUCAGAGCUGGACGUGCCCAUGCCACCAGGCACGGUGGUCAACGAUUUUGAGGGAUCUCAUCGGGGAGCAGCAGUUACUGACAAUCCGACAGAAAUGAAAUUCGGAGAAGUUGAUGUCACUCAUGAGGAGCGCAUGCUGGUCGCCUCGACCAUGGAUUACGAAGGUCCCACCAACAACGAGAAUCCCAAACACAACCCGUAGCUGAAGUACACGGAUCUUUCCCGAUCGUCAACAUGCGAACACCAAAACACAAGGCUGGCUGUUCGAUACUACAUUGUACAAAGGUCAAGCUUUGGUCUAGUUUCUCUAGAUCCUCCUAAUGAGCUUUGAGUGGAUGUCUGUUCCCGAACAUGUUCAGUGAAGCACACAUUUCUCUUUUCUUCCUCGUUGAGCAUGGCUCGAGACAGCGUAGCAUAAUCCUCGAAGCUUGGAGUGUUGUCACUCGAAUUAUCACUCGCCAAAAUUGCAUUGGUAAAUAUUCCAGACUGAUAUCAUAGAUAUAAUGCUCAUCUGGAUGUGUCCUUCCGGCAAGCGAUCAGCCCUCAGCACACUAUGAUAAUAGUUGGCAGUUCUUGCAAUUUCCCGAUGAAAUUUGCACAUAUAUCCGAAAUUUUUGUUGGCAAGCGAGAAGCUUUUCCCAUAACUCGGUUCAUAAUAUACGAUAUUUGUUGAUCA